UUUUGUUUACGAUAUCGUCUGUUUUAUUUAUUUUUCGAAUAGCCGACUUUGCUAUUUACUAAUCCUAGGCUAGAAAUGCCGAACAAUUAAAAUUUUACUAAUAUUACGAGUAAUAUCAUCUGAUUUAAUUUAUAUAAAAUUAUCUGCUGUUUUAAAUCUUGAUAAAAUGCCACCUAGAAGCAGACAACAUGCUAAGUCAAAGAGAGAGAGUACGAGAGAAAUGAAAAUUUCAUCUGUGGAAUCAACUAAUGAAAAAAUAAACACUGACUCAAAAGUUAGUUUGCCAUGGACUCCAUCUGUAUAUACAGCUAUCAAAAUACUUUUAUCAGCACGUCUUUGUGCUGCAGUUUGGAGUAAUAUAUCAGACUGUGAUGAAGUCUACAAUUAUUGGGAACCUAUGCAUUUUUUACUCCAUGGCAAAGGGUUUCAAACUUGGGAAUACUCACCACUUUAUGCAAUUCGCUCAUAUGCAUAUUUGUGGAUUCAUGCUGUUCCAUGUUACAUAUAUGGGACAUUGUUGCAGUCAAAUAAGAUAUUGGUAUUUUACUAUUUGAGAUGCUUGUUUGCCUUCUGCUGUGCUCUUUGUGAACUUUAUUUUUAUCGUGCAGUCUGCUGUCAUUUUGGACCAAAUAUAGGAAGACUCAUGCUUACAUUUCUGACUUUAAGUUCUGGCAUGUUUAUAUCAUCAACUGCUUUCCUUCCAAGUUCAUUUUCGAUGUACCUUUCAAGCAUUGCUUUAGCUGCAUGGUUUAUCCAAAAAUAUGAAAUUGCAGUGUUUGCAACAGCUGUCAGUACCUUAGUUGGUUGGCCAUUUGCUGUAAUUCUAGGAUUACCAAUAGCCUAUGACAUGAUCAUAUUGAAGAAGAAGCUGUUGCAUUUUAUUAAAUGGUCGUUCAUAUCGUUGUUUUUAAUUAUAAUACCAUUAGUUUUGGUUGAUUCAAGACACUUUGGAAAGCUCGUAUUUGCACCCUUAAAUAUUGUCCUCUACAAUGUAUUUACAUCUCAUGGGCCAGAUUUAUAUGGUACUGAGCCCUGUUCAUUUUACUUUCUGAAUGGAUUUUUGAAUUUCAACAUCGUAUUUCUUGCUGCUUUGAUUGCAAUACCUGCUAUGUUAUUGUUGAGAGCAUUAGAAGGAACUCCAAAGAAAAUCUCAAAAAGCCCACCAUUUUAUUUGUGUCUUGCUCCCAUGUAUUUAUGGAUGGUUGUGUUUUUUCCUUUAGCACAUAAGGAAGAAAGAUUUUUGUUUCCUAUUUAUCCCAUGAUUUGCUUGGCUGGAGCAUUCACCGUUGAUACUGUGCAGAAAAUAUUUCAUCAGUUGUUUAUGAAAAGAAAGUUUACAGAUUAUCUGGAUUCCACAAGCUGGAUUUCUAUAUCCUUUUGUGCUAUGUUCUGCAUCGUAUCUUUAUCACGCACAGUUAUUUUAUACAAAGGUUAUCAUGCACCGAUUGAAACAUUUAUGGAACUUGGCAGAUUUUCUCUCGAUGAAAAUUUGCAUCCUUUACCUCCUGAAUAUCCUGUGAAUGUAUGUAUGGGGAAAGAAUGGUAUAGGUUUCCAUCAAGUUUCUUUUUGCCUGAUAACUGGAACCUGAAGUUUUUAAAAUCUGAGUUUAAGGGCCAACUCCCUAAACCAUAUUCAGAUCUGCCAAAUGCAACUCAGAUUAUACCUACUGAUAUGAAUGACCAGAAUUUAGAAGAACCUUCCAGAUAUGUGGAUAUAAAAAAUUGCGAUUACAUUGUGGAUUCAGACUAUCCAAAUUAUUCAUCUUUGGAACCAAGAUAUUCUAAGGAUCCCAAUUGGAACAUCACAUAUUCAAUUCCAUUUCUAGACACACAAAGAUCACAUCCCCUUCUAAGAGCUUUCUACAUACCUUAUUUCACAGACUAUCAUUGUGAAUAUGUAGAUUACAAUUUGCUACAAAAAGUAUCAAUUAGAAAUCGUCUUAUCCGAAGGAAAAGGAAAAUGCCAAAAUCCAUAUGAUUAAUUUAAAAUGUCCUGUUAUUGAAGAGCAAUGGAGAUGAUGUUAUCUAAUAGAUCGAAAUGAAUAAAAUAAAUAACAGCAGUAAAUAAUGGAUUUGUGUGCAUUAUGUAACUGAUCUCUAAAUUGUUUAAAAUGUUUGCAAAUAAAUGUCUAACUUAAUUGUUGUGAAAGUUUCAGUGUUGCUUCCAGCCUUAAGAAAGUAAAGAAAAUGGAAUUGUUUUAAAGGAUUUUCUAGUAUAUUGACUUAACUGUUUUAUUAUAUUAAUUUUUUUAAAGCUUUUCUAGUGACAGUUUUUUAAAGUCUUAUAAGUACAAACUUUUCUGUAA